GGUGCAGCGCGCAUGCGCGGCACGUGCGCGCGCACCUCCCUCCCCGGGCCGCGCGCCCCGACGCUCGCCAAGGCUCGGCGCGCCGGCGGUCUUCAGCCGCUCGGGGGACCUGAGGGACGCGCGGCCGCCUGCGGGGCCAGCGGUGCAGCCGGGGAGAAGCCGGAGGCCGCCGGGGAGAUAUUUUAACAAGGAAGAAAUCACUCUCCUCCUAAGAUGGAAUCUGUGAUUUGGGAAUGUGGUUGAUCAACUUGAUAUGCUGGCCAGAUGUGCCCUAUGUAAUAAAAUGAAAAGAAGAUACAAGAUGAUGUCAUUUUCCAAUAUUGUGAAACCAAAAACAAAUGCCUUUUGUGAGACCAGGUUAACAAACCUCUGACAGUACAAGGAGUUUUUAACUGUUUGAAGAACCUAACAGAUACAGAGGGGUGCUUUCAAGCUGAGACCUGCAAGCAUACACUGGUCAAAAACACAUCUUGAGUGGAUCUGAUCAUCCAAGUCUCAUUCAGAUCCAGGAAGAAUGGCUAUGAGUUGGGUUGUCUUUUAUCUUUGGCUCUUGACUGUGUUUGUGGGACAUAUAGGUGGGCACAGUUUAUUUUCUUGUGAACCUAUUACCUUGAGGAUGUGCCAAGAUUUGCCUUAUAAUACUACCUUCAUGCCUAAUCUUCUGAACCAUUAUGACCAACAGACAGCAGCUUUAGCAAUGGAGCCAUUCCACCCUAUGGUGAAUCUGGACUGUUCUCGGGAUUUCCGGCCAUUUCUUUGUGCACUCUAUGCCCCUAUCUGUAUGGAAUAUGGACACGUCACACUUCCCUGUCGUAGGCUGUGUCAGCGCGCCUAUAGUGAGUGUUCAAAACUCAUGGAGAUGUUUGGUGUUCCUUGGCCUGAAGAUAUGGAAUGCAGUAGGUUUCCGGAUUGUGAUGAGCCAUAUCCCCGACUUGUGGAUUUGAAUUUAGUUGGAGAUCCAACUGAAGGUGCCCCAGUUGCAGUACAGAGGGAUUAUGGUUUUUGGUGUCCCCGAGAGUUGAAAAUUGAUCCUGAUCUUGGCUAUUCCUUUUUGCACGUGCGAGACUGUUCACCACCAUGUCCCAAUAUGUACUUCAGGAGAGAAGAGCUGUCAUUUGCUCGCUAUUUCAUAGGACUGAUUUCAAUCAUUUGCCUCUCUGCCACCUUGUUUACUUUUUUAACCUUUUUGAUUGAUGUCACGAGAUUCCGUUACCCUGAAAGACCUAUCAUAUUUUAUGCGGUCUGCUACAUGAUGGUGUCGUUAAUUUUCUUCAUUGGCUUUUUGCUUGAGGACCGAGUAGCCUGCAACGCAUCUAGCCCUGCACAGUAUAAGGCUUCCACCGUGACACAAGGAUCUCACAAUAAAGCCUGUACCAUGCUUUUUAUGGUACUCUAUUUUUUCACUAUGGCUGGCAGUGUAUGGUGGGUAAUUCUUACCAUCACAUGGUUUUUAGCAGCUGUGCCAAAGUGGGGUAGUGAAGCUAUUGAGAAGAAAGCAUUGCUAUUUCAUGCCAGUGCCUGGGGCAUCCCUGGAACUCUAACUAUCAUCCUCUUAGCGAUGAAUAAAAUUGAAGGUGACAAUAUUAGUGGCGUGUGUUUUGUCGGCCUCUACGAUGUUGAUGCGUUAAGAUAUUUUGUUCUCGCUCCCCUCUGCCUGUAUGUGGUAGUUGGGGUUUCUCUCCUCUUAGCCGGCAUUAUAUCCCUAAACAGAGUUCGGAUUGAGAUCCCAUUAGAAAAGGAAAACCAAGAUAAAUUAGUGAAGUUCAUGAUCCGGAUUGGUGUUUUCAGCAUUCUUUACCUUGUACCACUCUUGGUUGUAAUUGGAUGUUACUUUUACGAGCAAGCUUACCGUGGCAUCUGGGAAACAACGUGGAUACAGGAACGCUGCAGAGAAUAUCAUAUUCCGUGUCCGUACCAGGUUACUCAGAUGAGUCGUCCGGACCUGAUUCUCUUUCUGAUGAAGUAUCUGAUGGCUCUCAUAGUCGGGAUUCCCUCUAUAUUUUGGGUUGGAAGCAAAAAGACCUGCUUUGAAUGGGCCAGUUUUUUCCAUGGCCGUAGGAAAAAAGAGAUAGUGAAUGAGAGCCGGCAGGUGCUCCAGGAACCCGACUUUGCCCAAUCGCUCCUGAGGGAUCCAAAUACUCCUAUUAUAAGAAAAUCAAGAGGAACUUCCACUCAAGGAACAUCCACACAUGCUUCUUCAACUCAGCUGGCCAUGGUGGAUGAUCAAAGAAGCAAAGCAGGGAGUGUGCACAGCAAAGUGAGCAGCUACCAUGGCAGCCUCCACAGGUCACGUGAUGGCAGGGCCUUGCACAUGGUACACUCCCUGCAGCUACCGAGGAGUGGAGGAGAGACUACCUCACGGCAGCAUGUCCCGCCUGACAGAUCACUCCAGGCACAGCAGCUCUCAUCGGCUCAAUGAGCAGUCUCGACACAGCAGCACCCGAGACCUCAGUAACAACCCCAUGACUCACAUCACACACGGCACCAGCAUGAACCGUGUUAUCGAAGAGGAUGGGACCAGUGCUUAGUCUUGUCUAUGGUGACAAUGUGUGCUAUUGGAAAGCAGGUUUUAAUCUUUGCCUUCGCAUGGCUGGCUCCUGUAACUCGCUGUCUUCCUGCUUUCCCUCAGGCAGAGUGUGCCCACUGAGAAGGUAGAGCUUUGCUUUUUGUAUCACAUCAAACGUGGAGCGUAAACACAGCCGAAACGUUAAGAGUCAUGUCAUCACAAAAAUAAUUCUUUCUAGGUUGUGAAGAGAUGAUUGUCUGGUAAGCAUUUUUAUAAACCCACUUAUUUUAUAUCUAGAAAAAUCCUAUAUGUGUGGUGACUGCUUUGUAGUGAACUUUCAUAUAAUAUGAACUAGUUGUGAAAUGACAUUCUGGUAGCUCUGUUAAUAAAACAAAGUUUCAGAAUUAAAGAAUAUUUCUAUGCAAGGCUUAUUUCUCAGAUGAAUACUAGGACUUUGUAGGUUUGUUUCCACUGGGUGAAUAAAAGGAGCCGGUUUUUUUAAGCUGUAGAAGACUGUGAUAAGCCAGCAAGGGUAUUUAGCUAGUAGAUAAAAGUGCCAGAAGAGUCCAGUUGGCCUGUGGGAGGUUCUCUCAAAGUCUCUCACUCUUCCCCAGAGAUGUUCAGGAUGUGGAUUAGCGCUGGAGUAAAGGCAGAGAUGAGCAUUUCCCUGGAGUCGUAUUGUUUUUUCACUUUUGUAAAUAUUACUUUUAUGGGCUAUGUUUUUAUAAUAUCCAUAUGCAUGAUAGAAAAGUUUUAGUUUGUGACCAUCUUUUCCCAGGUAAUUGUAUUGAUUCAUAGACAACUUCAUGUUCAGACAUGUUCUGUGGAGGCAUGCAGUAAGAUAAGCAUCACACAUUAUAAGGGUUUUUAGUGGUAAAAAAUUACAAAAUGGCGAAAUAUUUUCUCUGUAUUCGUUGUUGUAUUUUUCUACAGUGAGAUGUGACCUUGCCAAAGCCAUCAGACAUUGGUAUCCAGGCCCUCCUAUAGUGAGCUGAUUGUCUGCCCUCAAAUUCCUCAGUAGCCAGUUGGCUACCACUUUUGCCCCAUAUCCCCAUUUUCAGUUUCUAAAUCACUGUUUACAUCUGAAAUAUAUAAUCUAAGUCUAAAGUGGUGAUUAAUUUGGGUUCUUGAAAAUCAUUGUGGCUAAAUGGAGCAUGGUUAUUCUUUUUGUGAAUACCUUUUCAUCUUAAAAAUAUCAAGUAAAAAACACUUGACAUUUUAUCUUAUAAAACUUAAAUGGCUUAGGAUAUGAACUGUGAAGUUUAUUGGGUAUGAAACUAAUCAGAAAGAAAAAUUCUGUAAAAUGCUAAUGUGUUAUUCAGAAACAGUGAUGCUCAGCCCUGAUUGCAGAUAAGACUCCCUCUGGGAACUCUUGUUAGCCAGCAUCUUUCUCUCGGACGAGAGUUUAUGCUUUAAAAACACAAAAGCUUUCCAAGUGAUUAUUAGCAGCCAGACUUGAAGCCCAUUCUCCCAAGCUCGCUGUCCCCAAUGAUGGGCUGAUGGCGUCACAUCUGAUCAUGGGAAGAUCCAUCCAGACUCAGUGAUACACUUUACAUUGUUACCUAAUAUACAUACUGUUGUUUCUACUUUAUUAUCCAUUAUAAAAUGCAGAAUUCUCAGCUCUCAUCCUUGAAGAUUCUUACUGAGUAAGUCAAGGGCAGUAGGAGUUCACAAGUUUGUGUAUCUAAAACACCACAGAAGAUUCUUAGCAGGGUAUCCAAGAAUCACAUUCAGAAAAAAAAAAAUAUUCUAGACUCUGGAGAGAGAGGCAUGGCUUUGCCAUAUGCUAGCUUUCAACUUUGAACAAGUCAGCCUCCUUGAGCCUAGCUCCCCUUGUUUGAAAAUGAAGAAUGAAGAUGAAUAUCUACUCUACCUACCUCACUAAGUUAUCAGAUUAAGAUCAAAUGAAAACAACCACAUGGAAGCUCUUUGAAACUGUGAAGCAUUGUGGAACAUGAGAUUAAGGUUUCUGAGAACUUAGAGCUUUAUUAGAGGUCUACUGUAGUACAUUUCUUGACACAUGUUUAAUUCAUGUGUACGCUUCUUUCACCCUUUAAAGUUAAGAGUUCCCACCUGACAGAAGAGCCAGUUUUCUGGUCGUCAUGACUUAUUUGUGUCAUGCUGCUUCUUCAAAGCAUAUAUCAGUAGACAUUACCCAUUCUUCAUAAGACACAUUUGAGCACGUACCCCAAAUGGUUUCUCUUCCUCUGACCUCCUGUCUUUCUCCUUGGAACUGGAGUUACCACUCAGAGAGGCCUGAAGUUUCUUAUAACGAUAGUCAGUAAACCUUUCCUUAAGCCUUACAAGGCACAGCUGAUAACUUGUCUAUAAAUAAGCCAGUAACUCAGGAAGCUUCUGCUUGAGAAGCUCUAUAGAACAGCAUGAGCAAACCACAACAAAUAUCCACAAACAAAAACAGGAAGUUAAGACAGAAAUACCAGUUUGAGCUCAAAGAUGUCGUCGUCUGCCACCAUCUGCAUAAUACCAAUUGCCAAGUGUUAAUUGGGUGUCUUUUCCAGUGAGCCAAGUGUAGACAGUGACGUGAACAUUGCUAUAAAAGUCUUACCUUUGUGCUUCCAGAUAGUGUGUGUAUUUGCAUCUCCUCUAAGCUGGUGGUGAUGUGUAUGUGAAUGUUGUUGGCCUACAGUCAGCUUCAACAAGUACCAUUGUUCACUUGUUCUAUACAAUCUGCAUAGUAUUGUUAGUGUUAAGUAACACUGUUCAGUUUGGGUCAUGUUCUUUAUGUGCUCCAUGUUAGGAAUCUUUUUUUUUUUUAAAAGACUGUUGAAGAACUAUAGCAGAACAGUGAUUUCAAAUCUUUACCUGUUUAAAUUGACUUGAACAAGUCUGGACAGUUUUUACCAUAUGGGUAACUUUAAUUUCUGUUCUGAUUGGCAUAUGUUAAUACUUAGUGUUUUCUUUGUUCAGUUGACCACCAAGAAAAUGAUAGUUCCCUCUAAAGUAUUAAUAUGUUAUCAAAAGUGUUCUGAAAAGUACUUUGAUUUUAGCAAUAUUGUUUUAUUCAUGAUUGGGCAAAAGAUCCAAGGCAAUAUUAAGCUCAAAACAGUAAUUUGUUUCAGAGGCAAUGGAUGAAUAACAAUUAGCACAGGACUUCGUACAGCAUAAGCUUUUCAGUAAAUGUUUAAUGAACAGCUAACUCAUAACACUAAUGUGGACCAUAACAGUUGUUUAUAUAUGUUUGUGAUUUUUUUUUAAAUCUGUGUAAAAUAAGAAUUCUUGGAUUUCACACAGAAACACAGGAAAUAGAAGUUUUCUAGAACCUAGGUUUAUACAUAAACUCAUGAUUCUUUUAAACUUCUUUUAGACUUUUUGUAACCAGUUAAAAUGAGAAAAGCUUGGGUUUGGAGAAAUGGAUGGUUCCGUGCUUUAGUUCGCUGCUCUUCCAAAGGACCAGAGAUCAGUUCCUGGCACCCUCGUCAGGCCUCUGUGGGGCUCCAGGAUGAAUAAGGCUCUCCUCUGGCUGCCUUUGACACCAACACACUGUAGCAGGCACACAUGUACACAUAAAUUCAAAGUAGAGUAAUUUAUUUUUUUCUGAGACAAGGUUUCUCUGCCUCCUGAAUGCUGGGAUUAAAGGUGUGUAUCACCACCACUCAGCUUGAUUAUAAAAUCUAAAAGAACCUAGAAAAACUGAGUAGAAUUUUUCUGUUUCAUCAUUACUUUUUGAUUGCCUCCUCACAUUCAUUGAACAAGGGUAGCUGUCACAUUGCCUCAGAAAAGUGAUAGCCUGUUUUAAAAUAUCAGGAUUGGGAUUUAGCUCAGCAAUAGACAGGACCCUGGGUUCACUUCCAGCCUUGAAAACAAAACUCACAAAAUAUUGUUAGAGAUAAAUGUGAUUUGUUAUUAUAAAUUUGUCCUGGCUUUGCAGAAAAUAUUAGCAUAAAUUCCUUAAUUAUCGCUAAUAGGGCCAGUGAGAUGACUCAGCAAGCACAGGCGCUUGCUGCCAAGUCUGAUGUUGAGUUCCAGCUGAGAUUCAUAUGAUGGAAAAAGAGGGUAUCGGAUCCCCUGAAAGUGCAGUUACAGAGGAUUGUGAGCCAGUAUGUGGGUGCUGGGACUCUAACCCCAGCCCUCUGAAAGACCAGCCAGUGUUCCUAACCACCAACCCAUCCAGUUACUUUAGAGAUCAUUUUCUUUGCUCUGACUGUCUAUAUCGGAUAUAAUGUCUUGAAUGCUUUGGACUGUAGAUUUACAGUGCACCAUUGGGUUUGAAGUCUGGCGAGUACAUAACAUUAGAAAGUAGAUUAGGUUGGUGUGCUGGUUUCUAGUGUUUUGUUUUUUAACUAUGACAACUUUGUAGCCCCCACCCACAUUGGUUCUGGUGAACAAGCCUAAGGCCUUGCAUAUGCUGGGCAGUCAUCCUACCACUCAGCUUCUGGUAGCGUUUCCUUAGCUAUACUUGAUUCCUUGUCUUAGGGCUUUCACUGGCUUACAGUAACUAAAUUAGUUGCUUCAGUCUUUCACCCAAAGAUUCCUGUUAUACCCCUCAUAACGACAUUUUAGUCAUUUUUAGUUAAGAAACACAAGGGAGCCCAAGGCAGGAGGAUCACAGGCUUCAGACCUGAUUUAGACCUCCUGUCCAUAUUGUAGUGGUCCCUAGGGUCAUAUCACUUAGUAACAAAACAGACAUGUGAUUGGGUGAGUGCAUGCUACGAUGUUGCAAAGUGACCCAGUUGCCUAGCAACACAUUUCUCAAAUGUAGCCUGCCAUUAACCAUGACUAUUAUAAUUUUUUAAAUUGUCUCUCAAAACAACACAUUUAUUUUCAGGUUUCCUGCUAGGUCCUUGUUGUUGUAGAUAUUGAAUCUGAAGUUCAGUUUCAGUGAAUAUUUGGAGGAUUUAUUGUGAGAAGAUGUAAGAAAAACCAAGUAACCCUAGAGUGGUUUAUAGUUAUUCAUCUUGUAGUAUUCUGUUUGUUUAGCUGUUUCUUCUACCCUCAGCUUUGGAAAGCUGGCAAAUUGCUUCCCUCAGCUCUGUCUCAGAUCAUUUUCCAGAACUAAUCCUGUCAGCAGAAAUAUUUACUAUGAAAUCUUUUUUUUUCUUUUUUUCUUUUGUAAGAGAAAAUCUACACAGUAGGUUUUUACAUUGAGCUGAAAUGAAGAUGCCUUGAAAAUAAUGUAAGUGUGAAAAUAUUUAAGUUUGGUGGCACACACUGGAAUCCCAGUCUUUGAGAGGUGAAGACAGAAGGAUUAUAAGUUUAAGGCCAUCCUGGGCUGCGUGGUAAAAUCUAGGCCAACCUGAGCUACAUAGUGAGGCUGUAUCUCAAAAACCAGGUAGAGAGGAGAAAAGUGUUCAGUGUCGGGAAGUUCUCUCAUCAAUGGGUAUUAUUUCUUAUAUAUUUUAGCCAUGGAUUGAAAUAAAUCUGAAUUCUUUUUCAUUUAUCCUUUUAUAGUAUUCCAACUUUCCCCAAACCCUCCAGCUUCUCAUGUUUUAUGUUUUAUUAUUUCCACUAGUACUAGGUCCUUGUGUAUACUAGGCAAGUGCUCUAACUCACCAGGUUUUGGUCUUUUGUAUCAAGUAUCAAGACUUCCCAUUUAGUCCAGACUAGCCUAAAACUUGCAGUCUUGCUGCCUGGGCCUCCUACUCAAGAUUGCAGGCAUGAGCCACCCAUCACAUAAGACUUUUCAUGUGCUUAACUUUUAUUUUUCCCUCCCUCCCUUCCUUUUUGAUGUGUGUGAGUGUGUGGUACUAAUGAUUGAACCCGGGGUUUUCCUACACUAUCCAAACCUUCUACCGCUAAAGUGUAUCCCCAGUUUUUCCAACUUUUAAUUCCAGCUUCAAACAACUUUUCUACUUUUCUUUUCAAUUUCUGGAUUUUGUUCUUGAGUUUUGUUUUGUUUCAUCGUGACAAAGAUACCAUCAUCAAUCACUCCUCCUCCUCUCCCUCACUCACAACUCCGAGCAGUACAUCGGCUUAUUUGUUUGUAGGGACUAUUAUAAAAGUUAAUUCUUCAAAAUUAAAUUUUUAAAUUAAGAAAUUGUUUUCAAGCUCAGCAUGUUGAUGCAUGUCUGUAAUCCUAGCACUUAGGAGGCUAACUAAGGCCAGAGGAUUGCCAGGAGUUCAUGGCCAACUCGAGCUACAUGACAAGACCCUGUUUCCAAGACAAGAAAAGACUGUCUGAUAUUUUAAUCUGAUGGUCAUUUUGGCAGAUUCCUUAUAUGAAGAUGUGUUGUGAUUAAUAGUUAUUUCAUUUUCUGGAAUACAGAAUAUCUAAAUCCCAUAUUUAUUUUAUGAGCUGGCUCUUACUUUCUUGUCUCCGCCAUCCAUCUCAAGGUUCUUGCGGUCUAACAAGUUGGAAAAUAUUCUUCAAAACCUGUGAAAUUACUGACUUCAGGGUAAAAAAAAAAAAUAACCACAUGUUAGCAAUUUCACAACCAAACAAUAAGAUAUUUAGAACAGAUAGGUUAACUUUUCAUCCCAGCUCUUCUCAGGCUAUAAGAACAGGAGACUACAUAAGCUCUUAGGUCACCUGAAGAGCUGCUUCUUCGGCAUGUUGCUGAAUUCAUGUUCUUAAAGAUAUUUUGUCAUUUUGAAGCAAAUGCCUUUAAGAACACUUAAGUUACAUAAAGUUUUCACUAAGUUUAAUUUUCAAGCUUUUAUAAGCUAACACAGUGUCAUAAUGUCAAAGGAAUAAUCAAUAAAUACCUUUUAGAGGCAGAAUAAUCCCCCGGAGUGAUAUAUACUCUAUUUUUGCUAAAUACUGAAUUUUAUUCCCAUGAUGGACACUCUAAAAUAAUGAAUGCCAUGUUACACAGUCAACACAUUUUCUGUAAGCUUUCAUUUAAAGAUUUUCUUUAUACUUACAUUUCUGGUUAUAAGAACAAAAAUAUAUGAAUAUAAACAUACAUGCAAGAAUAUGAAACUCUCCUUUAAUCCCAGCACUCGGGAGGCAGAGGC